AUGCCAUCAAGCCCGUGGAAGAGACCCGACACAAGCACCCGCCCAAUCGCCGUAAUCGGCGGCGGCGUGAUGGGCCGACGAAUCGCCAUGAUGUGGAUAGCCUCUGGCUUCACUGUAAUCCUGUGCGAGAAAGCGGUUGACUACGGCGGCGCCGUGAGUUACGUCCAAGAACACGAAGGCGAGCAAGCGGCCAAACAAGGCACUGAUCCCGCCGAGCUGAAAACAACAUCUUCGCUAGAAGAAGCGGUCGGAAACGCCUGGAUGGUCAUCGAAGCCAUCCCGGAGAAGCUAGAGAUGAAGAUCGCGAUGAUGACGGAGCUGGACAAAGUCGCCCCGCCGGACUGCAUAAUCGCCAGCAACUCGUCGUCGCUGCGGUCCAGCCAGAUGAUCGUCAACACGGAGAAGAAUUACCGCAUCUGCAAUGGCCACUACUACAUGCCGCCGGAGCAGACGUACUUCGAGGUCAUGUCGUGUGGCUACACGGACCCUGAUAUCUUUCCGUUUUUGAUGGAAAAGGCUGCUCAAGCUGGGUUCAAGCCUGUGCAUGCUCAGGUAGAGUCUACUGGGCUGGUGUUUAAUCGCAUUUGGGCAGCGCUUAAGCGUGAGAUCUUGCUUGUCCUGGCUGAUGGUGUGACUGAUGCUCAUACCAUUGAUGAGAUGUUCAAGAGUUGGUUCAAGGCUACCAAGGGUCCGUGCCAGAUGAUGGACACUGUUGGCUUGGAUACUGUGUACAAUAUUGAGGUUGUCUAUACCCAGCAGCGUGGUCUGGAUACCACUGCCACGGAUUGGCUGAAGGAGAAUUAUCUUGACAAGGGCAAUCUGGGCGCCAAGGGUGGAAAGGGUUUACUUGGAUAA